UUUGUUUGAAGUAUUCUUCAUGAAGAGGGCGCUGCUGCCUCCAGUAUAUAACCCCCUGUAGAGGAGUCGCGUUCUAUUUAUUAUUUCAACAUAAGGCGGCAGCUUUACGGAUCUCAUGUUUGAGAGGCCCCUGACAUAAUACAAAAGACACGUUUUAACUGAUGUGGGGACUUUAUCUGAACAUUGGACACAAUGUCAAUGUCUGGUUAUCAAGGCAAGAAGAGCAUCCCUCACAUAACGAGUGACCGAUUGCUUAUUAAAGGAGGUAGAAUCAUCAAUGAUGAUCAAUCCUUCUAUGCAGAUAUCUAUUUGGAAGAUGGGUUGAUAAAGCAAAUAGGGGAGAACCUGAUUGUCCCUGGUGGAGUGAAGACCAUAGAUGCCAAUGGGCGGAUGGUGCUCCCUGGUGGGAUUGAUGUGAACACUUACUUGCAGAAGCCAUACCAUGGAACAACAACUGUGGACGACUUUUAUCAAGGGACCAUGGCAGCACUGGCAGGAGGAACCACCAUGAUUAUUGAUCAUGUUGUCCCAGAGCCCGGGGGGAGUCUGCUGGCUGCCUUUGAGAAGUGGCACGAAGCCGCAGACAAGAAAUCGUGCUGUGACUACUCCCUCCACGUGGACAUCACACAGUGGCAUGAGGGGGUCAAGGAGGAGCUGGAGAUCCUUGUGCAAGAUAAAGGUAUCACCUCCUUCCAGGUUUACAUGGCAUAUAAAGAUGUGUUUCAGAUGACAGACAGUCAGCUUUACGAAGCUUUCACUUUCCUGAAGGGCCUUGGUGCUGUGGUGCAGGUGCACGCUGAGAAUGGAGACUUGAUUGCUCAGGAACAAAAUAAGAUAUUCGGCAUGGGAAUAACAGGACCUGAAGGACAUGCUCUGAGCCGACCUGAAGAGUUGGAGUCUGAGGCAGUUUUCCGUGCCAUCAUGAUAGGCAACCGAAUCAACUGCCCAGUGUACAUUACCAAGGUGAUGAGCAAGAGUGCUGCUGACACCAUUGCACAGGCGAGGAAGAAGGGAGCUGUUGCUUUUGGAGAGCCACUGACUGCCAGUCUUGGGACAGACGGGACACACUAUUGGAGUAAAAACUGGUCGAAAGCGGCAGCCUUUGUGACAUCACCACCAUUGAGCCCUGACCCUACUACACCUGACCACCUCAACACGCUCUUGGCUUGUGGGGAUCUGCAGGUGACAGGCAGUGCACAUUGUGCCUACAGCACUUCCCAGAAAGCCAUUGGAAAAGACAACUUCACUCUAAUUCCAGAGGGGACCAAUGGGAUUGAGGAGAGGAUGUCUAUCGUCUGGGACAAAGCAGUAGCUGUAGGUAAAAUGGAUGAAAAUCAGUUUGUAGCUGUGACCAGCACCAAUGCUGCCAAAAUCUUUAACCUAUACCCCAGGAAAGGACGGAUAGCAGUGGGUUCAGAUGCUGAUAUUGUCAUCUGGGAUCCAGACAAGAUAAAGACCAUGUCAGCCAAAAUGCAGAAUUCAGCUCUCGAAUACAACAUUUUUGAAGGAAUGGAGUGCCAUGGGGCUCCCUUGGUGGUUGUCAGCCAGGGGAAGAUUGUGUUUGAAGACGGCAAAUUGCACGUUCUCCAGGGAAUGGGGCGCUUCAUCCCCCGGAAGCCUUUCCCUGAAUAUGUCUACCAACGCAUCAAGACCAGGAACAAGAGAAUGGAGAUGCUUGGAGUCUCCAGAGGCAUGUACGAUGGGCCUGUGUAUGACGUUCCUGCCACUCCCAAAUAUAUCACACCUUCACCAUCUGCAAAAUCAUCUCCCGCCAAGAACCAGCCUCCACCUAUCAGGAAUCUUCACCAGUCCAACUUCAGCCUAUCAGGAGAAACACCAUUGUCUGCCAUUCCCUGGGCAGCUUCUCGGCAGUUGGAAGGGUGCAAUAAUACAAGCAAACAUUACAAGCACACAACAAUAAUAGGUACCCAGGUUGAUGACAACAUUCCAAGGCGUUCUGGUCAUCGCAUUGUGAAUCCCCCUGGUGGCCGCUCCAACAUUACCAGCCUUGGUUGAACCCUUGAACUUGAAGAUUGUGACUUUACAAUAGAUCAUUGAGGGAGACUGUUCAGUUACUUUGUACUGUAUAUCAGUGUCCUUGAGUCCUCACAUUCUCUGGUAUUACUGUGGAAAAUGAAGUUUCUUUUUGUCUAAUAGGAAGAGGUAUAAACAGUGUGAUGUCAUUCCUUGAAUAUGAUUGCCUCACCCUUGUGCUGUACUUCUUACCAUAAUCACCUCAACAAUGGUGCUUCCAUUACUCUUUUAGUGAAAUAACUAGAAAUGUGUUCUUUGCCCCUUUUUAAAUGUGGUUGGUUAGUUAGUUGCAUGUAGUAACACAUUUUGUGGAAACGUCAUUGAAUACUCCAAUUUUAAACACACUUCUUGGUAUAAAAUGCCACCAAGCACGUGCAUAGGUCUGCAAGGCUUCUUACAGGUGUCCUUUCAAAAAAGGUGCUAGUUCUGAUAGGUAUAAUAUUCUGUGUUAGUGACUGCACUCAAGAUCAGUAAGGAUGCAAUUUAAAAGUUAUGACAGGCAUAUGCAAAAUAUAGUUUAGCAUUGUAAGUGAAUGGAAAAACAAAAUAGCAUAUCAAAUCAGUGUUCAUUUCUAGCAAAGUAACACACAGUAUUGUAAUUUAACAAGAUGGUACAAAAGCAAGUAACAUUUGUACCUGUGUAAUACCUGCAUGAAAUCAGAACCCAGUCAAAUAUCUUUCAGGUUUUUUACUGAUUAUUUCUCAUAUUCACCUACGUUUUUACUUAUGUUUAAUUACUGUUGUCUGGUGAUUUAACAAUUAAAACUCCAACUGUGAAAUAAACCAUGAAAAAUAUGAUAAAAACAGUAAGCUCUCUAGCCAUUGUUUUAAUUAUUGAAUUGUUUGUUUAUUUGUGCAAACUGGUAGCUGUACCAAGCUUUGAUUAACAUGCAUGAUUUGCAGGAAUAAAUCACUAAAAACAAGUACAGACAAAAUUUACUGAACAAAUGCAAAGUAUAUAUGUUAAAGACUCAACUGUAAAGCAAAUUUAAAUUAGAAAUAAUGACAUGUUAAACAGAAUGAUUGUGUUGUCAGAUACAUUUUCAAAACACCUGUGGUAUUUACCGGUAUACAAUAAUAAUAAUAAUAAUAAUAAUAAUAAUAAUAAUAAUAAUAGUUAAGUUUUAAAAUCUACUUCAAAAGACAACAGCUAAAAAGUUGCUGUUGCUUCCUGAAACCGAAUCACCUUGUGCAAUUAGACAAGCAAAGGUACCAGCAUGCAGCAGAUUAUGAUAUUCAUAGGGUUGUAAAAAAGCAAGUGAAAAGUCAAAAGAUUCUCACAAUGAUUAAAGGAAGACAAGAUAAUGUGAAUACAGCUAGGAUGCUGCAAGUACAUUGAUUUUAAAGCAAUAAUUAGUAAUCCUCAGAAAACAGCGGACAGAGGUAGAACAUCACUUUCAUAAUAAAAUAAAAUAAAAAACCAUUUCAUAAAACUUCAUACAAUUUAUGAAUUCCAAUGCUACUGUACCAUAACCCUUUCAGAGGUCUGUAUACAUUUUUUU